GCGCUGUACAAGUGUAAUUUGUUGUUAUGUUGAGGAUACAGUAAUGAUUUGUGUUGUUAUUUUGCAGUGUCUAAGAUCCACUCUUGUCCUGGCGGUGUUUUCCUCAGCAAUUGGAGGUUCGUUCCAAUAUGGCUAUAAUGUUUCCAUCAUCAAUGCUCCCACUAUGCACAUACAGGAAUUCAUCAACAAGACAUGGGAUGUUCGGCAUGGCAGUCAACUCAAUCAGAAUCUGUUGACCCUUCUGUGGUCGAUAAUCGUUUCCAUUUUAACCUUGGGGGGUUUCCUGGGCACGUGGGCAGGAGGACCACUGGCAAUCCGAUAUGGUCGGAAAGGAGCCCUUUUAAUCAACAACGUCUUUGCUCUGACUGGAGCUGCUUUGAUGGGUGCGAGCUACUCCGCUGGGAUGUUUGAGCUUCUGAUAGUUGGUCGGUUUCUUGUGGGGCUGAACCUAGGGAUCGGUAUCUGCGUUCAGCCUCUGUACCUAGCGGAGAUCUCUCCCAAGCGUCUGAGAGGGGCAAUAAGCAUGGGGACUUCAGUGUUCUUAACUGUAGGAAUUCUAAGUGGGCAGGUGAUCGGACUCAGGGAAUUACUGGGUAAGGAAGAGGAUUGGCCUGUCCUGCUCUCCACCACUUGCAUUCCUGCCAUUCUCCAGCUCCUACUGUUACCCUGGUUUCCAGAGAGCCCGAGGUACCUGCUCAUAGACAGGCAACAGGAGGAGGCGUGUGAUCGUGCGCUCAAGAUGUUGCAUGAUCCCAGUGACUACCUGAGUGAGAAGGAGGACAUGGAGAAGGAACAGGCGGAAACACAAGGCGAGAAGCCAAGGCAGGCAAGGGAGGUUCUUGCUGAUCGCUCAAUCCGCUGGCAACUGAUUACCAGCAUCGUACUGAACAUGGGCCAGCAACUCAGUGGUAUCAAUGCUAUUUACUUCUAUGCCACCUAUGUGUUUAAGCAAGCUGGCAUUGCACAAGAGUAUAUCCCUUAUGCUGCCCUGGGAUCUGGGGCAUGUGAGUGUCUCACUGCUUUAUCUUGUGGUCUCUUGAUUGAAUACCUCGGAAGACGAGUACUUAUUCUUGGUGGUUAUUUGUUGAUGGCCAUGUGGUGCAUUGUGAUAACCAUCACACUAUCCGUUCAGACGACCUAUUUCUGGAUCCCUUAUCUGAGCAUGGCCUGUGUGUCAGCAUUUAUUUUGAGUUUCGGUCUCGGGCCAGGUGGGGUGACCAACAUACUGACAGCUGAACUCUUCACUCAGUCCACAAGGCCAGCUGCCAGCAUGAUCAGCGGUUCGAUGGGCUGGCUCAGCUUCUUCUUUAUCGGAAUCAUUUUUCCCUUCAUUGUGGAGAGACUCCAGCAGUUCUGUUUCCUCGUUUUCCUGGUCGAGUGCUUGCUGAUGGUCUGCUACAUAUUCUACAUUAUUCCCGAAACCAAAAACAAGAGCUUCCUGGAAAUCAAGAAAGACUUUCAAACCAGGAAUUUCAAGGAAGCAAGUGGGAUCGGAAAGGCUUGAAGAGACAAAUAGAGACAACCUGAAAAAAACUUGUUACCAGGUUUCUGAAGGGCUAAGGAGCUUCUGAAUUCACCGUAAGGCAGUAACCACUUGGUGACCAGACUCUUACGACAAAGUUCUGGUGAAUAUUUUGCAUGUCGCUGGUCACUUUGAUGGUUAUGAGCUUCCAGUUUAGUGUAAACUGGGAAUGUUGAAGACAGGUAGGUAUCUGUAUUAAAUAUUAUGAUUUGUUUGCGUUUAAAUCUCAUUCUGCUUCAAAGACCAUUUUUGACCACUGGGGAUGGGGAGGACUCUUAAGACUUGUAAGACCUUAGAAAGGGAGAGUGCAGGAAAGUUCCUGUUGACAAGUGACAACUCAGGAUUUUUUCACAAUCAUCCACCAAAUUGUUACCCAACAGUACUAAAGGCUCAUCAGAGGCUAAGCCUCUAUCCUGUUUCUAUUGCCGAUAAUAACAGAAUCCCAAAGCUAUGACUGUCAAUAAAAUUCAAUAUCCAGUUGUGUGUGUGUGUGCAACGUU